AUGCGGCCCGAAAUCGAGCAGGAGCUGGCUCACACUUUGCUGGUUGAACUUCUGGCCUACCAGUUCGCUUCACCGGUGAGAUGGAUAGAGACCCAGGAUGUUAUUCUCGCAGAGAAGAGGACAGAGCGAAUUGUGGAAAUCGGUCCCGCAGACACACUGGGUGGUAUGGCGAGACGGACCCUCGCAUCAAAAUAUGAGGCAUACGAUGCUGCUACUUCCGUGCAGCGUCAAAUACUUUGCUACAACAAAGAUGCGAAGGAGAUCUAUUACGAUGUUGAUCCCGUGGAGGAAGAAGAAGCGCAACCAUCGGCAGAGCCUGCGGCCGGUGCCCCUGCUGCUGCUGCUCCUGCCGCCGCUGCUGCUCCCGCGGCUGCUGCUCCACCUAGUGCCGGCCCUGCAGCAGCAAUUGAGGACGCACCGGUUACGGCAGUGGAUGUGCUGAGAACUCUGGUCGCGCAGAAGUUGAAGAAGAGCUUGUCGGAUGUGCCCUUGAGUAAAGCCAUCAAAGAUCUGGUUGGAGGUAAAUCCACUCUGCAGAAUGAAAUUUUGGGAGAUCUCGGAAAGGAGUUCGGUUCGACGCCCGAGAAACCGGAAGACACACCUCUGGACGAGCUAGGCGCAUCUAUGCAGGCGACAUUCAAUGGACAACUCGGCAAGCAGUCUUCAUCCCUUAUUGCUCGCCUGGUCUCGUCGAAGAUGCCCGGUGGCUUCAACAUCACCGCAGUUCGCAAAUACCUUGAGACAAGAUGGGGUUUGGGAUCUGGUCGUCAAGAUGGCGUCCUUCUCCUUGCUCUCACUAUGGAACCACCCUCCCGUAUUGGCUCCGAGGCUGAGGCCAAGUCGUACCUUGACGAUGUUGCCAACAAAUACGCUGCCAGCGCCGGCAUCAGCCUUUCGGCACCGGCAGCUGGUGGUGAUAGCGGGGCAGGUGGUGGCGGCAUGCUCAUGGAUCCGGCUGCGAUUGAUGCCUUGACCAAAGACCAGCGGGCAUUGUUCAAGCAGCAGCUGGAGAUAAUUGCGCGUUAUUUGAAGAUGGAUCUACGCGCCGGUCAAAAGGCUUACAUCACUUCUCAGGAGUCUCAGAAAACAUUGCAGGCCCAGCUGGACCUUUGGCAGGCCGAGCAUGGCGAUUUCUAUGCUUCUGGUAUCGAGCCGGCUUUCGAUGCCCUGAAAGCACGCGUGUAUGAUUCUUCUUGGAACUGGGCACGCCAAGAUGCUCUGAGCAUGUACUACGACAUCAUUUUCGGCAGGCUCAAGGUCGUGGAUCGUGAGAUUGUGAGCCAGUGCAUUCGCAUUAUGAACCGUUCAAACCCACUGCUUCUUGAGUUCAUGCAGUACCACAUUGACAACUGCCCCACUGAUCGGGGUGAGACUUAUCAGUUGGCCAAGGAACUUGGUGAGCAACUUAUCGAAAACUGCAAGGAAGUGUUGGGUGUCGCCCCUGUGUACAAGGAUGUCGCUGUGCCUACCGGACCCCAGACUACUGUCGAUGCCAGAGGAAACAUUGGGUACAAGGAGGUUCCCCGGGCCAGCGCUCGCAAGUUGGAACACUACGUGAAGCAAAUGGCGGAGGGAGGCCCUAUCUCCGAGUACAGCAACCGCACGAAGGUCCAGAAUGAUCUCCGCAGUGUCUACAAGUUGAUCCGCAGACAGCAUCGCUUGUCCAAGUCAUCGCAACUUCAGUUCAAUGCGCUCUACAAGGAAGUUAUUCGUGCUCUCAGCAUGAAUGAGAACCAGAUCAUGCCCCAAGAGAACGGUUCUGGCAAGAAGACCGGCAGGAAUGGUGUCAAGCGCAACGGCAGCCCCCGCGCAGGUAAAGUGGAGACCAUUCCCUUCUUGCAUCUUAAGAAGAAGUCCGAACACGGCUGGGAUUACAGCAAGAAACUCACCGGUGUUUACCUGGACGUAUUGGAAUCUGCUGCACGGUCAGGUCUCACCUUCCAGGGCAAGAACGUCUUGAUGACAGGCGCAGGCGCAGGCUCCAUUGGAGCGGAAGUGCUGCAAGGCCUGAUUAGUGGUGGCGCCAAGGUGGUUGUCACGACAAGCCGCUACUCUCGUGAGGUCACUGAGUACUACCAAGCCAUGUAUGCCCGCUAUGGUAGCCGUGGCUCACAGCUUGUUGUGGUGCCUUUCAACCAAGGUAGCAAGCAAGAUGUGGAAGCACUUGUCGACUAUAUCUACGACGCAAAGAAGGGUCUCGGCUGGGAUUUGGACUUCGUUGUUCCAUUUGCUGCCAUUCCUGAGAAUGGACGUGAAAUCGACUCGAUUGACUCGAAGUCUGAACUGGCUCACCGCAUCAUGUUGACAAACCUCUUGCGACUUUUGGGUUGCAUCAAGACACAGAAGCAGAGCAACGGUUUUGAAACCCGUCCCGCUCAAGUCAUCCUCCCCUUGUCUCCUAACCAUGGUACUUUCGGAAACGAUGGUCUUUACUCUGAGUCUAAGCUGGGUUUGGAAACUCUUUUCAACCGCUGGUAUUCUGAGAACUGGAACAACUAUCUGACCAUUUGUGGUGCUGUGAUUGGAUGGACUCGGGGUACAGGUCUCAUGAGCGGCAACAACAUGGUUGCCGAAGGUGUUGAGAAGCUCGGUGUCCGUACCUUUUCCCAGCAAGAGAUGGCCUUCAACUUGCUUGGUCUCAUGGCGCCUGCGAUCGUCAACCUGUGUCAGCUUGACCCUGUCUGGGCUGACCUUAAUGGUGGUCUCCAAUUCAUCCCUGACCUGAAGGACCUCAUGACCAAGCUUCGCACGGAAAUCAUGGAGACAAGUGAUGUUCGCCAGGCAGUCAUCAAAGAGACUGCAAUCGAAAACAAGAUCGUCAAUGGAGAGGAUAGUGAGGUCCUCUAUAAACGGGUGAUCGCUGAGCCUCGUGCCAACAUCAAGUUCCAGUUCCCUAAUCUGCCUAACUGGGAGGAGGAUGUGAAGCCACUUAACGACAACCUGAAAGGUAUGGUCAACCUGGACAAGGUCGUGGUGGUCACCGGAUUUUCGGAGGUCGGACCCUGGGGUAACUCUCGCACACGCUGGGAGAUGGAGGCUUACGGCAAAUUCUCCCUUGAAGGAUGUGUGGAGAUGGCAUGGAUCAUGGGCCUUAUCAAGCACCACAACGGUCCAUUGAAGGGUAAGGCCUAUUCAGGAUGGGUCGACGCGAAGUCUGGGGAGCCCGUGGAUGAUAAGGAUGUGAAGCCGAAGUACGAGAAGUUCAUCCUUGAACAUUCUGGUAUUCGGCUUAUCGAGCCCGAAUUGUUCAAGGGCUAUGAUCCCAAGAAGAAGCAGCUGCUCCAGGAAAUUGUCAUCCAGGAGGACUUGGAUCCGUUUGAAGCUUCGAAGGAGACCGCAGAGGAAUUCAAGCGUGAGCAUGGCGAAAAGGUGGAGAUCUUUGAGUUGCCAGAGUCCGGCGAGUACACUGUGCGCCUGAAGAAGGGAGCCACUCUCUUGAUCCCGAAGGCCCUUCAGUUCGACCGCCUUGUUGCUGGCCAGAUCCCUACUGGCUGGGAUGCUAAGAGAUACGGUAUCCCUGAUGAUAUCAUCGAACAAGUUGAUCCCGUCACGUUGUUCGUCCUUGUCUGUACUGCUGAGUCUAUGCUUUCAGCUGGUAUUACCGAUCCGUAUGAAUUCUACAAGUACGUCCACCUGUCUGAGGUCGGAAACUGCAUCGGCUCGGGUAUCGGUGGUACCCACGCGUUGCGGGGAAUGUACAAGGACCGCUACCUGGACAAGCCUCUUCAAAAGGACAUUCUGCAGGAAUCUUUUAUCAACACGAUGAGUGCCUGGGUUAACAUGCUUCUCUUGUCCUCAACUGGCCCGAUCAAGACUCCAGUCGGAGCUUGCGCCACUGCGGUCGAAUCCGUUGACAUUGGUUACGAGACGAUUGUGGAAGGAAAGGCUCGUGUCUGCUUUGUUGGAGGAUUCGACGAUUUCCAAGAAGAAGGAUCUUAUGAAUUCGCCAACAUGAAGGCGACCAGCAAUGCCGAAGACGAGUUUGCCCAUGGUCGCACCCCGCAAGAAAUGUCGCGGCCCACCACUACCACUCGUGCUGGAUUCAUGGAGUCUCAGGGUUGCGGUAUGCAACUCAUUAUGAGUGCCCAGCUUGCUCUGGACAUGGGUGUACCGAUCUAUGGUAUCAUUGCGCUGACCACCACGGCUACCGACAAGAUUGGUCGCUCUGUUCCCGCACCCGGUCAAGGAGUUCUCACCACCGCGCGCGAGAACCCUGGCAAGUUCCCAUCUCCUUUGCUGGACAUCAAGUACCGUCGCCGUCAGCUUGACCUGCGUAAGAAGCAGAUUAAGGAAUGGCAAGAAUCCGAGUUGUUGUACCUCCAGGAAGAAGCCGAGGCUAUGAAAGCCCAGGCCGCUGAUGAAUCUUUCGACGUCUCUGGCUACCUCCAGGAGCGCGCUCAGCACAUUGAACGCGAAGCUAUCCGCCAGGAGAAGGAUGCCCAGUUCAGCCUUGGAAACAACUUCUGGAAGCAGGAUUCACGUAUCGCUCCUCUUCGUGGUGCUCUCGCCACCUGGGGUCUGACUGUUGAUGAUAUCGGUGUUGCCUCAUUCCACGGUACUUCUACUGUCGCUAAUGACAAGAAUGAAUCGGACGUCAUUUGCCAGCAGAUGAAGCACCUGGGUCGGAAGAAGGGCAACGCCCUUUUGGGUAUCUUCCAGAAAUAUCUCACUGGACAUCCCAAGGGUGCUGCUGGUGCCUGGAUGUUCAACGGCUGUCUUCAGGUCCUUGAAAGUGGUCUGGUUCCUGGCAACCGCAACGCUGAUAACGUAGACAAGGUGAUGGAGAAAUUCGACUACAUCGUUUACCCAAGCCGCAGCAUCCAGACUGACGGUAUCAAUGCCUUCUCUGUCACUUCAUUUGGUUUCGGACAGAAGGGUGCACAGGUUAUUGGUAUUCACCCCAAGUACCUCUUCGCAACCCUCGAUCGGGCACAGUACCAGACCUACAAGGCCAAGGUCGAGGCGAGACAGAAGAAGGCAUACCGCUUCUUCCACAAUGGCCUGAUCAACAACAGCAUCUUCGUCGCGAAGGAUAAGGCUCCUUACGAAGAUGCCCAGCAGAGCAAGGUCUUCCUCAACCCUGAUUACCGUGUGGCUGCCGACAAGAAGACCUCGCAACUCAAGUUUCCUGCCCAGCCCCCCAAGGCUGAUGACAAAGGACUUGAGAGCACAAAGACUAUGAUUGAGUCGCUGGCUAAGGCUAAUGCUUCUGAAGACUCGAAGGUCGGUGUGGAUGUGGAGAACAUCGAAAGUUUCAAUAUUGAAAAUGAAACCUUCAUUGAACGGAAUUUCACCGCAAGCGAGCAAGAGUACUGCCAAAAGGCAGCGUCUCCUCGAUCAUCCUUUGCCGGACGGUGGAGUGCCAAGGAAGCUGUUUUCAAGGCCUUGGGUGUCAGCAGCAAGGGCGCAGGUGCCCCUCUCAAGGACAUUGAGAUCUCAAGUGACUCAACCGGUGCCCCCGUCGUCAAUCUUCACGGUGCUGCAGCUGAAGCUGCCAAGCAGGCUGGCGUCAAACAGGUCAGCGUCAGCAUCAGCCACAGUGAUACCCAGGCAGUCGCGGUCGCGGUCUCCAAAUUUUAA